CUUAUAUGGACUCCUACUUCAGCUCGCUCCCGGAUUUCCGAAGGUGUAGUGAAGCGCGAGCUUUUCUCUUACGAAGAACGCUACAUAAAUUCCCGAAGCUACAAGCACCCGAACGAGACCGUGAAGCUUGUCGGCUGCAAGAAAAUGAAGAUCCCUUCCUCCGAGACUGAAGACUUCGAAGACCAUUACUACACCAAUUACCACGAGAUAAAGAAAUUCGAAAGCCAUUUCUACGACGAAGCAAAUCGGGAAAUCAGGAUUUACUUCCCGGUUGAAAAUGCACUUGUGGAGCAUGGGGGCAAGAUGAUCGAGGCCAACGAGCUUGGUGAGUUUGAGAUGGAUAGCGUUGAUGGCGAUUAUGCUGUGCUUGGCCGAUAUCAGACAGAUCACGUCCGCGGCGUUGACGGCAACAUUAUUAAAGACGGCGUCAUUUUCCUUGCAGACAAAGUGCAUCCUCACCGGCAACUUGGGAACGUUUACGUCUACGAUUUUGGCUACAAGGACCUGCACGAUCAUGAUUACGAUUUGGGAAAACGCUGUGAAAAAAUAUGGUGUAAAAGCAAAGGAUGCGUUAAGAAUCAUGACGGGCAAAAUUGUAGCAACAAGUUCGGGAUUAAGGAGGGGAGGUGCCCGUUUAGAAGUGAGACUUGUAUGGACUAUAACAGGCCUGGCACAGACUGCAAUAAGGCGCACAGGGCCAAGUACUUCCUUGGCAGCGAUUGCUCUAUUGCAGUUGCUAAGGGGCAUUGUUACAAUGAGAUGUUGGCAGCGGCCACUGGUGAAGAUUAG